CAUUCCUUCUGUCAGCCCUUUUCUUCCACAGUGGCCUUGGAUUUGCAACAGAGAGAUGGCCGGCCAUGUCCUUUGCUGGCAUUCUUCGCCGUGGCGCAUUCCGUUCCCUUGCCUGCACCCAGUCGAGGGUCGACAGGUCAGUGCUCUACUGGGCGGAACAAAGUGCUACGGGCGUCACUUUAAGAGAUCUCUGCCAGAUUGGACUGGAUCGAAAUCUGCGCAGGGAGCAUGGGGUCUUUCUGCAUCGUGAGCUUCGCAUCCGCCUUGCGCAGAGGGUCUUGGAGCUGGAGUCCCUGCCGUACCGACUGGGCGAAAGAAGUGGCAUCCGGGAUGUGAUUGAGUGGUACACUGGCUUCGUGCACCUGCUGGAGGAGUCACCUGUACCGUACACGGAGGAACUGGAUGAAGAGUUCACAAUGCUACUGACUCGUGUCUUCGAGGAGCAUUCCGAAGUGAUUCAGGCAAUGGCCUUUGGAGUACAAGACCUUAUCGCUGAGCUUCGGGAGGAUUACAGCCACGUGCAAGCAGAGGUGGAUGCGAUUUUGCGCCGUUUCUUCACUGCACGGAUUGGCAUGCGCUUCUUGCUCCAGCAUCACAUCGAGUCUUUCAGGAAUCGUGAAGGGCACAGCGGCAUCCUUCAACUGGCCUGCGAUCCGGAGGUGAUUGCGCGGAAGGCGGCCACUGACAGCGCGAUGCUGUGCAGGGCAUCCCUAGCACAGGCUCCACACAUUGCGAUACAUCACACGAAUCCUGGGACCUUUACCUAUGUCCCAAUGCACUUGCACUACAUGCUUACAGAGGUCUUCAAGAACAGCUGCCGAGCCACCGUGGAACGGCACGCCGAAAGCUUCGAUGAUCCGCUGCCGAAGGUCCAUUGUCACAUUGUGCAUGGUGACGAAGAUGUCACGAUCCGCAUCAGCGACGAAGGAGGCGGUAUUGCGCGCGCAGCCUUGCCCAAUAUUUGGAAAUUCAUGUUCACGACGAUGAAAAAAACACCUUGGUCUGGACGAAGGGAUGACUUCCGCACGAAGCCGGGAGACUCCGCCUGCAAUCCGCUGCAGCGUCCAAAGCAAGGUGGUGUGCUUGCAGGGUUUGGAGUUGGCCUGACAUUGAGCCGGCUCUAUGCCCAAUACUUUGGAGGGGACAUGAAGAUCUUGUCCCUGGAUGGGUUCGGCACGGACGUGUACUUGCAUCUGAAUCGGCUGGGAACAGCCUGCGAAGACCUGCCACAGGGCGUGCUGUACAGCCCGUCCAUGCGUGACUCCUCUCCCUUGGAGGUCGAGGAGCAGCCUCUUUCGGCCGAUGAAGAGGCCUUCUUGCGGGGAGAGCUCCAGGCAUACCGCACUCGGCGUGCGAAUGAGGCGGAAGAGGAACUGGAAAAGGAACUGCAUGGGGAGAGCAGAUGA